AUGCUGUUCGUCUUCACUAUCAUCGCCACGCUGGUUACCUUCAGCCUUGCUACUGCGAUCAGCAUACCAGGAGUCGGCGAGCUCGAUGCGGAGAAGGACCUCGCACAGUACAACGCAUGCGUGGAGGCCGUGGAGGCUGACCCCGACACCUUCGUUGGCAUCCGCUACGGAAGUGGAUCUCCAGAAACUGUGGUGUAUAGCCAGUGCGUCCCGUGGAGGAAGAAUGGAGCGAUCAUCACGAACGCGGUGUUCUGCCGGCCUGCGACGUGCUACGUAUUCUCAGAUAAGGAGUGCAAAACCGGACCGUCAAUUCCUUUCAACGUCAUCGUUCCCGUCCCCUUCGAUUUUCUCAACACGGCUGACUUUGUGGAGUACCUUGGGCAGAGUGCCUAUUGCUCCCCGAACGGCUUGGGCACCCUGAUCCCGUAA